UCCACCAUCUUGUCUUUCAUUCCAAAAUCCUCACACAUAUUUUCACAAAAAAAUAAAAUUAAAUAAUAAUAAAAGCCCUAAUAAUUUCAAUGGAUCCCGAAACAACAAAUUGUGACCCAUUACAAGAAACCCAUCUUCAAGAUUUUACUAUUUCUGAAAAAACCCUAAUGGCCAAUGAUACCUUUUGCACGGAUCAUGUUCUUCAUUCAGACGAGAAAGCGAGCCAGGUUUCUUUCGUCGGAGAGGACGAACUCGAUUCGAUGGUCUGCGAUUCAAGUUCAAGAUUAAUCCCAAAUGGGUUUUUGAAAUCCAACUGUAAAGAUGAAGUAGUUAUGUUUGUGAAUGUGGGAGCCGAGACAAUAGUGGAAUCUGAAUCGGAUAUGAACCUCGUGGCGGAUAAGUAUUAUCAAGGGGGUGAUGUGUUUCAAACGAAUGAGUACAUAAGUGACGGUGGUGACGUUUCAUUCAUUUACCAUACUGCUAGACUAGGGGAAUUUCAGUAUCGGUUUGAUAAUCUGCCAGAGGGAGAUUACUAUGUCGACCUUCAUUUUGUUGAGAUAAUUAACACAUUUGGUCCUAAAGGGAUGAGAGUGUUCAAUGUCUACUUGCAGGACGAAAAGGUUCUUUCAGAUUUUGAUAUCUUUUCUGUUGUUGGAGCAAAUAAACCGUUACAGUUAGUUGACUCGAGAGUCACUGUCAAGAUGGGUGAGGAGAUUGUAAUUAGGUUUGAAGGGAUUAAUGGUAGUCCUUUGGUCAGUGGAAUCUGCAUAAGAAGAGCUCCUAAACUUCUUGAUGAUGAUUUGAAACAUGAUUUUAUAAAAUGUCAAAACUGUGCUGCUGAUAUAGAAGUCCCUUCAGCUCAGAAGAAAGUGAUGCGAAAGAAAUCAGUAGAGAAGUAUGAGAAGAGGAUACAAGAGUUGACUGAUCAAUGUCAACGAAAGGCUGACGAAUGCUAUCAAGCUUGGAUGUCAUUGACUGCAGCAAACAAGCAGCUGGAGAAGGUCCGCUCGGAACUUGACAACAAGUUGUUCCAGACAUCAUCUCUUGACCUAAAGAUGGAGAAACAAUCUGAACAACUGAGGGACAUAUCAAGUAGAUAUGAACAUGACAAGAAGGUCUGGGUUGCUGCUGUGAAUGAACUAUCACACAGGAUAACGGUCUUAAAACAAGACCACUCCCGGCUCGCUCGUCAAGCACACCAGUGCGCCGACACAGUUCCUGAUCUAAAUAAUAUGGUUUCUGCUGUUCAGGCAUUGGUGGCUCAGUGUGAGGAUCUUAAAAUGAAGUACAAUGAAGAACAAGCAAAAAGAAGAAAGCUUCAUAAUCAAAUUGAAGAUGCAAAAGGGAGUAUAAGGGUGUUUUGUCGAUGCCGUCCAUUAAGCAAAACAGAAUCUUCAACUGGUUGUUCAACAAUUGUAGACUUUGAUACAGCAGAAAACGGGGAACUCGGGGUUCUGAAUAGCGGUUCCACUAAAAAGACCUUCAGAUUUGACAGAGUUUUCACACCAAAUGACAAUCAAGUUGAUGUUUUCGCACAAGCUUUACCGUUGGUAACUUCAGUUUUGGAUGGCUACAACGUAUGCAUCUUUGCAUAUGGGCAAACGGGAACUGGAAAGACAUUCACAAUGGAAGGAACAGCGGAAAAUCGUGGGGUUAAUUACCGAACACUCGAAGAGUUGUUUAAGAUUGCAAAAGAGAGAAUCGACACUUUUUCUUACAACAUAUCAGUUAGCGUGCUUGAAGUCUACAAUGAACAAAUAAGGGACCUACUCGCGUCAUCAUCAACUUCCAAGAAGUUGGAGGUAAAACAAGCAUCUGAAGGGCUUCAUAAUAUUCCGGGGCUUGUUGAAGCAAAAGUUGAAAACGUAAUGGAAGUGUGGAAAGUACUGCAAGCUGGAAGUAGUGCUCGCGCUGUUGGAUCAAAUAAUGUGAACGAACAUAGCAGCCGCUCUCAUUGUAUGCUUUGUAUUAUGGUAAGAGCAAAGAACUUGAUAACUGGUGAGUGCACUAAGAGCAAGCUAUGGCUUGUGGACCUAGCUGGCAGUGAGAGGCUUGCAAAGACAGAUGCUCAGGGUGAACGGCUCAAGGAGGCUCAAAAUAUCAAUCGAUCUCUAUCUGCUCUUGGAGAUGUGAUAUCUGCUUUAGCAAACAAGAGCAGUCACAUUCCAUAUAGGAAUUCAAAGCUCACACAUCUACUUCAAGACUCGUUAGGGGGUGACUCAAAAACUUUAAUGUUUGUGCAAAUUAGUCCCUCAGAUCAUGACCUAAGCGAGACUUUAAGUUCAUUAAACUUUGCAACGAGAGUUAGAGGAGUUGAGUUGGGUCCUGCUAGAAAGCAAAUUGAUACAAGUGAGCUUCAGAAAAUGAAAUUGAUGCUUGAUAAAGCAAAGCAAGAAUCACGUUUGAAAGACGAGUCAUUGAGGAAGUUAGAAGAGAGUUUACAGAAUGUAGAAGGGAAGAUUAAAGGAAAAGAUCAAGUACAUAAAAACCACAUGGAAAAGAUUAAGGAGCUUGAAGGCCAGAUUGAGUUCAAAACAGGAUUACAUACUCAGUUAGAAAGACAAAUUUCACAUCUUUCUGAAAAGAUAAGGGCAAAAGAGGAAUCCAACAGCGGGCUCCAACACAAGGUCAAGGAGCUCGAGAAGAAGCUUACAGAGCGAGAACAUACAGGGGCUCUAACACACCAACAGAAGGUCAGGGAACUCGAAGACAAGCUGAAAGCGCAAAUCAAAGAGUCAAAGUCCUAUACCAUGACCCUUCAAGAAAAGAUUGAAGAACUUGAAAGGAAACUGAAAGAACAGGAACAAUAUUCUGAUUCAACCUCACUCCAUCUAAAGAUUAAGGAGCUUGAGGACAAGCUUAAAGAACAAGAAAGACGAAUGUCUAUUGUUACAAUUGCAGAUUCAUCUAGUUCCAUGAAAUCAACACCUUAUGAAGAAGGUAAAAAUGUGGCUGGUGGUUCAAGAGACAAUAAGCUCACGGGCGACAUGGAACAAUAUAUUUUAAGGAGUUCAAAUAUAAUGAACCGUCAAACGGCUGCUAGCUACAACCGCUCAAAGAGAACUGACUCUCUUGGUAGCAUUGGCGCUGAAGUUGGAAGAAAGAGGCUGUCAAGAAACAGCGAAGUAGAGAAUGUUGAGAACAAUGAGAACAAGUCAAGGAAGUCUGACCCGCCUAGACCACGCCAGAGGGUACCGGCGAGAAAUAUCAAACCAGCACCAGCAGCUCAGAGACCGGUGCCUCUUAGCAGACCAAGUAAUCCAAGUCAGGGAGUCAAAGACCGAGAGACAAAGAAAAGGGGGUGGGCUUGAUUGUGAAAAGGUCAUUUGGUACUUAGCUGUGCUGUUUUUCUUGGAUAGAUUGUGAACAUAUAGUAUGCAAGCCAAUUUGCAUUGAUUCUUAUUUCCUCCUACAUUAAUUGAUUCAUAUUGAUAUGUUGUUUGUCAUCCGACGACUUUGCAUCAACAUUUCAUCUUUACAUCAAUUUUAUGUUUUUAGUGUUUUUUAGUUA